UGCUGUGAAACAGCUGGAUCCCUGCUCCUGAGCGCUGUGCUCUUUACUGUUACCGCAGACGCACGGACACGCGUCUCUUCGAGGAGGGGAAGAGCGAGUUCCUCCUCGAUUUUUUUAUUCGCGGAUCCCUCAUCAGGAGGACGCUGAUCCGGACAGGUUUGUUCCAAUCACCUCAGAAUGUUCGUCCUUCAUUCACAAAACCACAAGCAAUGACUGUCAGACCAAUCUUAUCUCUUUACCUUUCUUUUUUCCUCAGCUGUGCUGCACUUUGACAUCUCACUUAACCAGUAUGCAAACAUUUGGACACUUGCUACUUCUGCAUUGGAUCAGGUCUUGGGUUUCAAACCCUGCCUAGGUGAAUGAUGGUGAAUGGUGCUGUCCGGGUGAUUAAUGAGUCCCUUGAGAAUGAAACUUUAACUAUUGACAACCAGAAUAAGACUAUGUCCUGACAGACUUUAGAUCUGUGUGGAAAAACACUCCUCCAAGAAUGGCUAAGGGUUCUGACACAGCAGGCAAAGCAAUGCAAUGUUGUAUAAAGAGACACUGUAGUGGUCAUUCUUAUGCAUUUGUGCACAAGUUCAGCUGAUUACUACUUCGGUUUACAUUGUAAUUAGCAGCAAAAGAUAUAACUUUUUCAAGCAACUGAUAAGCCUGGAAAUUUAUAGUUGUGGACUUUUUUUCCUGUAUUGAAAGCGAGAAACCUUCAACGCAUUUAGCUCAUGGGGGUGUCUACAAAGUGCACAUCAUCCCAAAAAUCUUUCUUACAUACUUAUGCGUUUGCAACUUUGUUGCUACUGUUUAUGAUCAUGACUGCGUCUGCUUGCCCUAAAAUCUGUCAUUGCACAGACAGAAACGGGCUCGUGGUCCAGUGCACCUCUCGCAACUUGGAGAACAUACCAUCGAACUUACCCAAGGACACUGUUAUUCUCCUGCUCUCGUCUAACCACAUCAGAUACAUCCCAAGGGAGGCCUUCACAGACCUCAAUCGCCUCAGGGAACUUGACCUAUCCCACAAUGUUAUUGAAAAUGUAGAUGUCGGUGCCUUUUUGGGAAUUUCAGAAGGCCUACGAACCUUGGAUCUUUCGAACAAUCACCUCAGCAGCCUUCCUAAGGACACUUUUGCAAAGCUCCAUGCACGUGUUCGCCUCUCCCACAAUCCAUGGCACUGCGAAUGCUCCUUGCAGGAGGUGCUGAGAGAGCUGAGGCUCGACCCUGAAACAGUGAAUGACGUCAGCUGCUACACAUCAGUGCAAGAGGAGUACGUGGGAAAACCAGUGAUCCAGGUUUUAGACUCAGGAAUCAACUUUUGCAACUUCCACCACAAGACAACAGAUGUGGCCAUGUUUGUGGCCAUGUUCUGCUGGUUCUCCAUGGUGACAGCUUAUAUUAUUUACUACAUUAAACAGAACCAGGAGGAUGCCAGGCGGCACAUGGAGUACCUCAAGUCCCUGCCCAGCACCUCUCACAUUAGCAAAGACUAUGACACUGCAAGCAGUGUGUUUUAACAUGAGAAAGCUGUAACCGUUACUGUGAAUGCGGAGGAAAGUGUACAUCCAUUAGUGGACUGCUUAUCUUGUAAGGGAUGCUCGACCUAACCCAGCUGUCAUUUGGGCAAAAGGCAGGGUUCAUUUUGGACAGUUCGCCAGUCUACCACUGGUUGACACACACAGCUCUCCAGUGAGAUUCUCCAGUUAUACUGACUGAAAGUCUUUGAACUGUCGAAGAAAUCCAAAACCUGCAGAAAACCCCACGCAGACACGAGGUGCACAUGCAAACUUUACAUGAAAAGACACUAUGAACGUCAAGGUGUUUAAAUUUAAAUGUUUAAAAAUGUAGUGUUAGAAUUAUUAGGACUGCAUAUAGGUGACAAAUGUUAUGCUGAGUGAUCCUGAAUAAAUGCAUAUUAAAAAAUGAAAUCAACAUCAAGUGCUGGAUUAUAGGUACAGUAACAGCAGUAACAAAUCAAUAUUCACCUCAUUUAAUUAAACUGCAGUUCUGUAUGUGGCCAAGACAAACUUUGUACUUUAGUGUCUUCCUGCUGCUAUAAAAAAAAGACAUCUUUUGUUUUACAGCGCAUUGGUAUAGCGCAUAAAUGCAUUUCUGUGGUAAACCAAGCUAUUUUGUAUACAGUAUUUACCUGUUAAGAUUCUAUCAGAAACAAUCCCGUAAAGCUUUAGAACGAGAUUCAUUUGAAAAGCAUCAAUAAAAUAUAUGGCUUCUGUAUUAAAAGUCAUGUUUCGAAAGCAUGAAUCAUAUGGCUCUUCGGUGUUAGUGGAGAUAAGCGUAUAAAGUACCAUAAAAUAUAAAGAUUUUAGAUAUAUCCUAUUAUUUAUAUUAUCCCAAAACCCACAUUGGAUCUAAGCAAGUAGUAGAGACUUAAUGGCACAGAAGCAUCCUGUCACUCCUGCACCUUGCAUUUAAGGUGGAAUCGGAAGAAAAAUCUAAUUUCUCGCGGGAACACUUGUCACCUCACCUAAUGUUUCGCUUCAGAAGCUACAAGCUUUCACACUUUGGAAGUAAUUAUAAUUAGUUUCUAUCACACAUAAGCUCAUCGAGCUGAGCCUCUCAGAUAAUCAACAAAUAAUUAAGGUUUUGUCACAAACAGUUUUUUACAUAGUUCUUACUGUAUGUUUAAGUUAGUAGUUCGUAAACUUAGAGAAUACUGUGUGUACUUAAGUGCAUUUAAUAGAUCUGCAGCAUUUCAGUUUGCUCCAAAUCUGUUGCAGCAGUUUGAACAGAUCUCUGUCACACACCUGAAAUCAAUUUUUUUGUUAAGUUUAUCUCACGAUGUGAAUGUUUAGAUGCAAUUAAGCCUUUUGCCAAUUUAAUCACGAAUAAAGGAUCACAUAGUUCAAAUAAAUCAUUUCUGACUGUUACUUGUUAAUUUGACAUCAAAUUAGUUAAUAAAACAAAAUUAUUAUUAUUAAUUAAAUUUAUUACAAAAAGUAAACUUUUUUGUAGGUUCCUAUUAACUAUAAUGUCUUGUCACUGUACUAAUAUCUGAACAAUUUAAUGGAGUGUAGCAGAGAACAGUGGUCACAUGCUGUAUGUAAGUCAUACUGUAUUUUGGUAUGCUGCAUUGUAAUAUUCUUUUUGUUGUGGGUGUAUAGAUUAUAAAGUUUAUUGCUACUAGAUUAGGUUGUUAUUUGGUUAAUUGAAGUCCAUUGCUUUUCUCUAUUUGUGAUGUUUAUUUUGGUACAUUCUUCCCUGUCCUCUCUUAAAACAUCUAAAUAAAGCUUAUAUUAACUAAUGACCAGGUUCAGAUCAAAAAUACUUUAGCAUUGUACACCAGUAGUUCUAAAAGAUUCAUACUUGGUAAAGGAAAAAAUCAUUUACAGUUGAUUUACAGGCUGGAAAGGGAGGUUACGUUUCCUGUUGAUAUUUUAUACGCACAAGCUUCUGCUUUUGUGGACUGUAGCUUAAUGGCACAUCAGCUCGCCCCUUUAUUCACAAUGACAG